AUGGUAGUUAUUAGAGAUAUUGAAACAUAUAGUUUAUGUGAACAUCAUUUAUUACCAGUUAUAGGAAAAUGUCAUGUUGCAUAUAUUCCAAAUGGUAAAGUUGUUGGACUUUCAAAAAUUCCACGACUUGUCGAUGUCUAUGCUAGAAGAUUACAAAUUCAAGAAGAAUUAACUGAACAAAUAGCUCAAGCAAUUGUUGAGACAAUUCAACCUGAAGGAGUUGGUGUGGUUAUUGAAGCUAGACAUUUAUGUAUGGAAAUGAGAGGUGUUAAAACUACUCAGUCAACUACAAUUACUUCUUCUUUAAAAGGACAAUUUUUAAAAAAGGAAACUAGAAAGGAAUUUUUUGAUAUUAUUAAUAGAAAUGCUUCAAAUAGAUUGUAA